CCAAAAACCACCAUCACAACAGCACAGCUGACAACAAAAACAACAUCACCAACAACCACCACCAAACCAUCACAAUCAACAAAUAUUAUUACGACCACAGCAACACAACGACCAACAACCACCACCACAACAGCACAGCUGACAGCAAAAUCAGCAUCACCAACAACCACCACCAAACCAUCACAACCAACAACUAUUACUACGACCACAACAACACAACGACCAACAACACUCACCACAACUACCAUCACCACCACAACACCACAACCAAAAACCACCAUCACAAUAGCACAGCUGACAACAAAAACAACAUCACCGACAACCACCACCAAACCAUCACAACCAACAACUAUUACUACGACCACAACAACACAGCGACCAACAACCACCACUACGACGCCACAACCAACAACAACUUCAACAACAACAACAACAACAACAACAACAGUUGCACCAACCCGUCCCCAACCAACUGUUGAGAUGAAUGUUGGUCUCAAGGAACCUUAUGUUCCAGCACUUAGUGAUUCUAAGAGUAAUGAAUUCAAAAAAUUGGCUGCCAUAGUGACUGCAGUGUUGGAUGAGAUCUAUAAAGCACUAUACGGCCCUCUGUUCAUCCGGACCAUUGUCCUAGCCUUCAAACCUCUGGCCAGACGUGCAGCUGAUAAUACACAAGCAGAUGUCCAGCUGGUAUUCAAUGAGAACUCCACAAAACCUGUCCCAGCCGGUGAUGAAAUAGUGCAAGUUCUGAAAAAUGCUGCAGAAAAUAACAAUACUAAUACUAACUUAUUUGAUGCCACCACAAUCACUCUCGUCAAUCAACCAUACAAUAUCCCUGUGCAAUUCCGAACAAAUGGCACUUUUGUUGCAGCUCUCUCAAAUACUAGUUCCGAUUUAUUCAUAAACAGAUCAGUCAUUAUUCAACAAGGACUUAAACCAUUUUUCAUUGAAGACUUCACUAAAACAUUCAGCAUCUUAACCAUGUCAAACUUCAGUAAUGGAGGUCCUAGAGCAAAUUCAGAUACAAUUCUGAACUUCAUGGACGUGGCUUUUGCCAGCUCUGGUGGACUUCCCAACAUCACCCAAAUUGGGCAAACUAUGCUUAGAGCAGCCAGAAAUAACAGCCUUCCCUUCACGAUCUUUACCAAUAACAUCACAGUGAAUGGCACACUAAUAUCAGCGAGCGACGUCAGCAGCAAGAUCAGUGUUUUCAUGGCAUGCUUCAUGGUGACUGUGUCACUUCUGUUCACAUCUUCCAGCUGAUUCUAAACCACAUCAUCCAUUCAGAAUGAGAACCUUGGCCAGGUUUUACACUCCAGUUACUUUAAUGAAGAAUGUAAAUAUGCCCAGCUAGUUUUUCAAUAAUGUUUAUGCUCAAAAGGAAUCUGUACAAGCCAACCUUUAUGCAUGUGCAAAGAUAGGGUUUGGUCACAGCUUUAAUUAUUUAUGUAAUUAUGCUUACUGUUAUGUAAGGUUGUGAUGGCUGUUUUGUAAAUGAGUCUUUCUAUUUGAAUCAAUCCUGGAGCACAAUCAGCAAAUUUUUAAGCUAGUGGAAGUUUAACUGUCAUGUGAAAACUCGGCCAGCUAAAACGGCACUGCGCUUCCAUGUCGUGUAUUAUUCUAUUAUAGAUCUAAGUUACUAUUAGAAUGUAUACUUGCACACAAACGCACAUACAAAAAUUUGGCUUUGGUGAAGCAUGUGACAUUGCAUGCCUGCUUUGGCUUAAAAUACUUGCCAUUAUCUUUUUGUAUGUGUCUUAAGCUACUAUUUAAAUCUAGAUGGUCUUUUAAGCAUGAAUGAAACAAAGGAAACUGCUGUCUGUAAAACACAGAAUACGUACAAAAGUGGUUUGACUAGUUUUAAUACCUGCCUAUCAGUGCUAACUCUGGCAUGUUACUCAACAACUUUGUGUGACAAAGACAAUUGUAUCUGCUCACAUACUGUAAUUUCAAUACAGCAAGCAAAGAACAGAACAUUAUUAUUAUAUAUAGCUGACUACUAGAAACUUGCGCACUUUACAAAAUUUUUAUUUCUUGUUCCUGUAUAAUGUUCUCUGUGCUCUAUGUAUAUUUAUUUACUGCAGUGGGUAUCUAGGUCCUUGGAUUAUGUAUUUUAUUGAAACCUUUUAUGCUGUAUUGUGCUUGCAUUGACUGUAGCACUUCAUAUUUAUAAAUGCAUAAUGCAGCAGCUCUUCAGGUCCAAUUAUGUACCUUAAAUGAAUUAAAUAAAAAUUUAAAUACGCUAUACUCA